AGAGUUUCUCAAGAGGAGGAGAUGAUAUAAAUGAGUCUUUCAGUCUUUUGUGUCUUCAUCCACUCCAGGCUCUCUCAGCAGUUCACAGUUGAUAGGCAUCAUGAGUUGCCCAUCAUCUGGUCAGCAGUGCAACGGACUUUACCCUCAGACCCCCCAGCAGACCUCUGGUACCGUGUGGCCGAUUCAACCCUGCCAACCGUACUGGCCAUGCCAACCUAACCAACCCACCUGGCCCAUGAGCCAACCCAGUACAGCGGUACCAACGACCUGGCCUGUCCAACCCACCCAACCCGGAUGGCCCAAUACACCAACCAAUCCAACAAGUCAACCCAGUCCAACUGUACAACCCAACCCACCUGUACAACCAAGCUGGCCUGCUCAGCUUCCCACCCCGCCCGGAUACCUACCGUCUCCAGUACCCCCGACCUGGAAUGGUAAUCCUGGUCAACCUGGCUGCCCUGGUCAAGUCCAGACGGGAGGAACCCAGCAGCCGUGGCCUACUGCUCCUGUUACCGUCCCAUUCAACAUGAAUUUCCCUCGUGGCAUCUACGACAAGCUAAUGCUAACUAUCAGAGGGCAGGUUAAACCUGAUGCUAAAAUGUUCACAAUCAAUUUCCUGCGUGGUAACGACAUCGCACUUCACAUCAACCCACGAUUCAACGAAGGAGGGAAAGCGGUUCUGGUGCGCAAUCAUAAACUGGGGGAGCGUUGGGGAAAAGAGGAGCGUGACAUUCUGGCGCCGUUUCCAUUCAUGCCCGGGCAUCACUUUGAGAUGAAGAUCUUGUGCUCCUUCAAUGAGUUCAAGGUGGCCGUCAACAACACGCCCAUCUUUGACUUUCAGCACCGAAUCAGAGAAGUCAACCAGAUCGACCGCAUCAUCAUUCAGCACGACGUCACACUCACAUCCGUCACUGUGGACACUCUGCCCUGAACCAAUCACAGCCAACCAACACAAUCAACCAAUCACACGACAGGAUUCCAAUAUCUUCAUUCAUGGAUUCUGUCGUAACACAAUGAGGAAUCAUCGGAACUCUGGAACUCUCCAUCCACUGCCGUAUGUGAUGCUGUCAAUCUCAACACCCUCCGUUCCCCGCGGUCCACUCUUUUUCACAAGUGUUUCAACUAAAUGAAAUUAAACAUCCUAACAUAUUUCAAGCUUUGUUAAUUUGGUUAAAGAUUACACAAUUGCAUUUAUUAUGAAAUUGACAAUAGGCAUAUAUAUAUAUAUUAUUAUUAUUUUGAAACAUGGAAACAUCUCACAAUGUCAAAAGACGUAAGAGAUGGCAAAUAUUUUCUUUAUAAUGGACUAUUAAACAAUUAAGCAUUUAAACCAGAAAAGAACACGUGUUACUUUUAUAUUUAUAAUUACGGUCAUGUGUCUUCUGAUAUAUUUAUAUUAAUAUGUGAUGACUAACACACAUGCAAGGCAGUACUAAUGUUGUGUGUGAAGUGAAAAACAUUUAAAUCCAGUAUAUGCACCAUUAAUGUCUACAGCUAUUAUGUGCAUUGUGCUCUUGUUGCUAAUGUCAUUAUAUGAGUUUAUGAUGUCAUUUAUAUUGCAUCAAAUCAAUAAAUAGAUAUUCUA